UGUGUGAUUGGAGGGUGGAGUUUGCCAAUUCUAAAAUUUCAUGGUGCAAAUUGCUAAUCGCUGUCAUUGUUGGGGUGCAAAACGCAAUUCACCCAUUUCUUCACUAUACAAUUCUAUUCAGCUGAUUAAUUAUUAAUUAAAUAAUUCAGGAGCAGCAAUUGAAGGAGCAUUUCUAGGGCUUUAAUGGCGUCGAUCAGCAAUUCAAUGGAAGCGAAAGAGGACGACGACAACAACAAAUACAGCAUAAUUGUGCCCACCUACAAUGAACGCCUCAACAUCGCUCUCAUCGUUUACCUCAUUUUCAAGCAUCUCCAGAAUGUAAAUUUUGAAAUAAUAGUAGUGGAUGAUGGGAGUCCAGAUGGAACUCAGGAGAUUGUCAAACAGCUACAGCAAGUAUACGGGGAAGAUCGUAUUUUGUUGAGACCCAGAGCGAAGAAGCUUGGCUUGGGAACGGCUUACAUACAUGGUCUGAAGCAUGCGACUGGAAAUUUUGUUGUGAUAAUGGAUGCUGAUUUAUCUCACCAUCCGAAAUACCUGCCAAGCUUUAUCAAGAAACAGAUAGAGACAGGUGCAAGCAUAGUUACUGGAACUCGAUAUGUUAGUGGUGGUGGGGUCCACGGGUGGAAUUUGAUGCGUAAAUUAACGAGCAGAGGAGCGAAUGUUCUUGCACAAACACUUCUCUGGCCAGGUGUAUCAGACUUAACUGGAUCAUUCAGGCUGUACAAAAAAUCUGUGCUUGAAGAUGUUAUAAGCUCGUGUGUGAGUAAGGGAUAUGUUUUCCAGAUGGAGAUGAUUGUUCGAGCCUCUAGAAAGGGUUACCACAUUGAAGAGGUUCCAAUUACUUUUGUCGAUAGAGUAUACGGAAGCUCAAAACUUGGAGGAUCGGAAAUUGUGGAGUAUCUCAAGGGACUUUUGUACCUUCUUGUUACAACUUAAAACGGAACAGAAUUGAUCGAUUGUGAUAAUCAACUCUUUGCAUUUUACAGAGCUUUCUCGAUUAUAGGAGUACGAAUUUUGCAGAGCUUUUUUGUGACUAUACAAGUUUAAAUGAACAGAUAAUUUAUACUCUCCAAUAUGAAUCCAGCUUUUGUGUGUGUUUUAUCU